AUGUCGGCUACAAACAUCGAACCCAAGGACAACAUUCCAGUCCAACUGUAUGCCACUUCUGCAACAAGCCAGGAGAAGGAUGGUGCUGGAGUCGAGGAUGCCGUCCAGGAGGGCGAGAACGCCUAUCAAACAAGUGAUUCCAGAAGAAAGAUUGGCCUGACCUCGGCAGUGUUCCUCAUUUUCAACCGGAUGAUUGGGGCUGGCAUCUUUUCCACACCUAGCAGCAUCUUCUCGCUCAGUGGAAGCGUCGGCUUGUCCCUCUUCAUGUGGGUGUUUGGAUUCCUGUUUGCUGCGGCCGGCAUGGCCGUGUAUCUGGAAUUCGGAACUGCAUUGCCCCGGAAUGGAGGCGAAAAGAACUAUCUCGAGUUUGUCUAUCGGCGGCCAAAGUUCUUAGCCACUGGAGUAUACACCGGAUAUGUCAUUCUUCUUGGCUGGGCUGGAUCCAAUUCGGUCAUCUUUGGCGAGUAUAUUCUCAACGCUGCCCAGGUUGAGGUCAAUCGCUGGAACCAGCGAGGUAUCGGCCUGGCUUGUAUUACAACUGCUUUCUUGAUCCACGGCUUGGCUCUUAAUUGGGGUCUGCGGCUUCAAAACUUCCUUGGCAUCAUCAAGCUAUUGAUCAUGGUUAUCAUCAUCAUUUCUGGCUUUGCUGCCCUUGGAGGUCAUAUGCACAUUGAGAAUCCCCACAACUUCGAUAAUGCUUUUGAAGGCACCACUGGGUCUGCUUAUGGUGUCGUUACGGCUCUGUAUAAUGUCAUCUGGAGUUUUAUCGGCUACAGCAAUGCCAAUUACGCAAUGAGCGAGAUGCGAAACCCUGUUCGGACAAUCAAGAUUGCCGGGCCGCUCGCACUGACUGUUGUCGGCAUUUUCUACAUGCUCUGCAACAUUGCUUAUUUUGCUGCCGUUCCCAAGGACGAAAUUCUGAGCUCGGGACGCGUGCUCGCUGCUUCCUUCUUCAGAAACGUCUUUGGGCCUCGCGCCGAGCAGGCUCUGUCGGUUUUUAUUGCGCUCUCCGCCUUUGGAAACGUCUUGAGUGUCAUUUUCUCACAAGGUCGGCUGGUCCAAGAACUCGGUCGUGAGGGUAUCCUACCUUGGUCAAGGCUCUGGGCGUCUAACAAGCCCUUUAACGCUCCGCUGGCUGGUCUGUUUGAGCACUGGGUCGUCUCGGUGAUCAUCAUGUUGGCACCGCCUCCUGGAGAUGCUUACAAUUUUAUCCUCAACGUCAUCUCUUACCCGCUCGCUGUUGUCAACUGUUUUGUUGCUGCUGGCCUGGCCUAUAUAUGCUUCAACAAGGACAAAUUCAACUGGAGUCCUCCAAUCAAGGCCACCCUUCCAGUCACCAUCUUCUUCCUCCUCAGUAACCUCUAUCUCGUCCUUGCACCCUUUGUACCUCCUCAGGAUGGUCAAAACAUUUACAAGACUUUGCCGUACUACUUGCACUGCGUCGUCGGCUUUGCUAUCUUCGGUGCCGGUGCCAUCUACUGGCUCAUCUGGGCCAUUGUUUGGCCCAAGCUACGGGGUUACCGUCUCGUUCGAACUGUUGUUGUCGAAGAGGAUGGUUGGAGCCGCAACCUUUUCUUGCGAGAAUACAAGUAA